GUGAACGCGAUCUUUGCGUCAGCUGGACCCAAAGAUGAUUAGGAAAUCAUGGUGAAGUUGGUGAUUAUAGUUCUGAUGAUCCUGCUGACCGUGUCUGGGGUCUCUCCUGCCUGUGGUCGAGCUGAAUAUCUGAUAGGGCAGGAAUGCUGCCCUAUGUGUGCUCCUGGUUAUUAUGUAUGGAGAGAAUGUACUAAGUUCACCAGUACGACAUGUGUUCCAUGCCUGUCAUCUACCUACACUGAUGCACCCAAUGGACUGCCGUCCUGUAGAUCCUGCACAGUUUGUGACUCGAGUGCAGGUCUAAGAGUGAAGAGGGCGUGCAGCUCCACUUCAGACACACUCUGUGAGCCUCUGGAAGGUCACUACUGUACUGACCCAAUCAAAGAUGGCUGCCGAGGAGCUGUGGAACACACAAAGUGCUCACCAGGGCAGUACAUCAAACAGACAGGUACAGCAUCCACAGAUACUGUGUGUGGUGACUGUGUAGGCGACACAUACUCAAAUGGACCAUUCACAUCCUGCAGACCACACACACAGUGUGAGUUGAUUGGACUUGUUGUCCUAAGAGAAGGAUCAUCUUCUUAUGACACUGAUUGUGGUCAAAGACAAAAGACUGUUGCCAUUGUAGCUGGUAUCAUAGCUGGUGUUGCAGUCCUAGCUGCUUGUGCAUGCCUACUGGUAAUCAUGAUUGCAAUUGUCGAGAGUAUUGGAAUUUAA